AUGAUGGAGGCAAACAAGACGCUGGUGACUGAGUUUGUUCUCACAAGACUUUCAGAUCUUCCAGGACUGCAGGUCCCACUGUUUCUGGUGUUCUUGGGCAUCUACCUCACCACUAUGAUGGGCAACCUUGGACUGAUUUUUCUCAUCUGGAAGGACCCCCACCUUCACACCCCCAUGUACUUCUUCCUGGGCAGUUUAGCCUUUGCAGAUGCCUGUUCUUCAUCCUCCGUGACCCCCAAGAUGCUGAUGAAUUUUUUAUCUAAGGAUCACACAAUAUCCAUGGUUGAAUGCAUCGCUCAAUUUUAUUGUUUUGCUUCCAGUGCAACUACAGAAUGUUUCCUCCUGGUAGUGAUGGCCUAUGACCGCUAUGUGGCCAUACGCAAGCCCUUGCUUUAUCCAGUGGUGAUGUCCACCAGACUCUGCACUUGGUUGAUAAGUGUGUCGUAUGUAAUUGGUUUUCUUCAUCCUGUGAUUCAUGUAGGAUUGUUAAUUAGAUUAACUUUCUGCAGAUCCAAUAUAAUCCAUCAUUUCUACUGUGAAAUCUUGCCACUUUUCACAAUUUCAUGCACUCACCCAUCUAUUAAUGCACUGGUAGUUCUUAUUUCUGCCAUUUUUAUACAAGCUUUUACUUUUAUGUCCAUUAUAGUUUCUUACACUCGUAUUCUCUUUGCCAUUCUGAAAAAGAAGUUUGAAAAGAGCAGGAGCAAAGCCUUUUCUACAUGCGGUGCCCACCUGCUCUCUGUUUCCUUGUUCUACGGCACUCUCUUCCUCACUUUCGUGUGUCCUGGGUGUGGCGCAGAUCAAUAUCAGAAUAAAAUGUAUUCACUGUUCUACACAAUUAUAAUUCCCCUGCUAAACCCUUUUAUUUAUAGCCUAAGGAACAAGGAAGUUUUAGGUGCACUUAGAAAAAUGGUAAAGAAAUAA